AGAUUCUACGGAAAGUACACGGAGGAGCGCUCUCUCUCUCUCUCUCUCUCUCUCUCUAAACACCGGCGCGAGAGGCGUCGUGGUCUUUCAGCCUCUCUUUUAUUCUUCUUUUAAUUCUUCUUCCUCAGUAAAGGCUGUCUCUGAAAAGCUUGACCCGCCCUUUACAAAUCACAGGGCUCUUCACUAGGACGCACACCGUCUCCAGGACUUUUAGUUCCACGCCGCCACCUUCCCCCGAUUAGCAGCACUCUGAGCCCUGGGGAAAAGGAAGGUGCCGCUUUAGCGCGCUACGCUGGCUGGCGCAGGGGAGGCGGGGUGAAGGGCAAGGCAAGAGCCGGGAGACCCGUGGCGCUUGCCUGCUCUACACCGCGUCAGCCAUAUUGCAACGGCCACCGGGGAGGGGCAGGCAGCGACGCCCACACGCCCAGGGGAACGGAGAGCAGCUGGAGCGGACGCCCAGUAGGAGCCGCAGCAGCCACCUCGCCUGGUCGGAGCGGAAGGACGUGCUGUUACAGUGAGGUCUCUUAGGAGAAAGGAGAAAUACCCUUAGGCUGCUGUAUGAAUAUUUGCUUUUGGACCAACAGAAACCCUUCAAGAAUUGAAAAUGCCAAAACCGGUCAAUGUCCGAGUUACCUCUAUGGAUGCAGAACUGGAAUUUGCCAUCCAGCCUAACACAACAGGCAAACAGCUGUUUGACCAGGUGGUCAAAACGAUAGGCUUGCGUGAAGUUUGGUACUUUGGUCUUCAGUAUGUGGAUAGUAAAGGCUUCCCAACCUGGCUGAAACUUGACAAAAAGGUCUCUGCUCAAGAGGUCAGGAAAGAGAGCCCUCUGCAGUUCAAAUUCCGUGCCAAGUUUUACCCUGAAGAUGUAUCUGAGGAGCUGAUCCAGGACAUCACGCAAAAGCUGUUCUUCCUGCAGGUGAAAGAAGGAAUCCUUAGUGAUGAGAUCUAUUGCCCACCUGAAACUGCUGUCCUCCUUGGGUCUUAUGCUGUGCAAGCCAAAUUUGGAGACUACAAUAAAGAAAUACACAAGGCUGGAUACCUGAGUUCUGAACGUCUGGUCCCCCAACGAGUAAUGGACCAACAUAAACUCUCUAGAGAUCAGUGGGAAGAACGGAUCCAGGUCUGGCAUGCUGAACAUGGUGGAAUGCUCAAAGAGAAUGCCAUGCUGGAGUACCUGAAGAUUGCCCAGGAUCUAGAGAUGUAUGGAAUCAACUACUUUGAAAUCAAGAACAAGAAAGGGUCAGAUCUCUGGCUGGGGGUAGAUGCGCUUGGGCUGAACAUUUAUGAAAAGGAUGACAAAUUAACUCCUAAGAUUGGCUUCCCUUGGAGUGAGAUCAGAAACAUCUCUUUCAAUGACAAGAAAUUUGUUAUAAAGCCAAUUGACAAGAAAGCCCCAGACUUUGUGUUUUAUGCUCCCCGUCUAAGAAUUAACAAGAGGAUCCUGCAGCUGUGCAUGGGAAAUCACGAGUUGUACAUGCGCCGUAGGAAACCGGACACCAUUGAGGUCCAACAAAUGAAAGCCCAGGCCCGUGAAGAGAAGCACCAAAAACAGCUAGAAAGACAACAAUUAGAAAAUGAAAAGAAGAAGAGAGAGACAAUUGAGAAGGAGAAAGAGCAGAUGUUAAGGGAGAAAGAAGAGCUGAUGGUGAGACUGCAGGAGUAUGAACUGAAGACACAGAAAGCAGAAAAAGAGCUCUCAGACCAAGUCCAAAAAGCCAGGCAGCUUGAGGAUGAAAGGAGAAGGGCUCAGGAGGAAGCUGAACGUCUGGAGAAUGACCGUUUAGCUGCUCUGCAAGCCAAAGAAGAACUAGAGAAGCAAGCUGCUGACCAGUUGAAGAGUCAGGAGCAGCUGGCUACAGAGCUUGCUGAAUACACGGCCAGGAUUGCACUUCUGGAAGAGGCAAGGAAACGCAAAGAGAAUGAGGUGGAAGAGUGGCAGCACAGAGCUAUUGAAGCCCAAGAAGAUCUUGUAAAAACAAAAGAGGAGCUACAUUUAGUGAUGACUGCUCCACCUCCUCCACCCCCACCUGUGUAUGAACCAGUGAACUAUCAUGUCCAUGACAACCUUCAAGAUGAAGGAAUAGAGUCUUCUGGCUACAGUGCAGAAUUCUCAAGUGAAGGCAUAUUGGAUGAUCGCAAUGAAGAGAAGCGUAUUACUGAAGCAGAAAAGAAUGAGCGUGUGCAAAGGCAGCUGAAGACGCUGACUGAUGAACUAGCCCAGGCAAGAGAUGAUGAUAAGAAGACACAAAAUGACCUCAUUCACACAGAAAACAUGCGACAAGGACGUGACAAGUACAAGACAUUGAGGCAGAUCCGACAAGGCAACACCAAGCAAAGAAUUGAUGAGUUUGAAUCUAUGUGAAUAUAUAGGGCAAGACUCUGGGAAACGCAGAUUUUGAAUGCUGAUUUUUCUUUCUGAAGGGUCAUGAACAGUCACACCAAAAAGUUAAAAAAAUGUCCCCAAACCCUCACACUUGUCAGAUGCUACCUGAAUCUAGCUUAAUACAACCAUCAGCUUUACGCAUACAUGGAUAAGUGCCACAGUCUUGACUUGAUUAUAUUUGGUCAUAUCCUUGUGCCAAAAGGCCUCUCAGAAUUGCUUCUUUCCCAUAUGUUAAUACUGUGCUGCUUGUUACACUUCUUGACUACAGAUAUCUCUAUAGCGUGGCAGGUAUGUCCAGAUUGGGGAAUAACCCUACUGGUAUGCUUCACCAUGUUUCUUGUUUUUAAAUGCCACACACAAUCAAGGGCUGUAAAGAUCUUCAUGGUGUCAAUCUCUUUUCCCAUUUACUGUUUGUUACUGUUGCAGAAAUGUCACAACAGUGUAAAUCUGAGGAAACUUGUUAAUUGUACUGUUGCAUUGGAGAAGUUCCCACAGUGAUUACUCAGAAGAAAUGCAUUGCAGGCACGCUUGGAUGCUCUUCUUGAAUAACAGAUAGGCAGGGAUAUUAUUGGCCUUCAAUAUUAUUGAAGUGUGGUACUCCAGCUUAACCAAUCAGCUGUAGUGUAGUAUUUAUAUAUAGCUAUGUUUAAAGAUGUAAGUGACAAAUAUAAUUAUAGUUUGGAAAGGGAGGAUAAACGUUUUUUGCUUUGUAUAUUUUGUUACUACAUUCAGACUUAAUAUGAAAAGUGUGUAAAAAAAUCUCGUCUCUGAAGCAAGGCAGUGCAGGAAACUAAUUUUGAUCUAGAAAACAUUUGUAAAGAUGAUUUUUUUUACUUCAAAGAAAAUUGUGAUACAUGUCUAUGAUUCAGCAAAUACAAUUUCACUGUACCUAUUUUUUCUAACAAAUUUUCUAAUUUUUUAAAAAUGAUAUAGUUUCAGACUCCAACCAUGAAGGGACUUUGUCAGCUUAUUUUCUCUAUUAAAGAGAGUUUCUAAGGAUUUCCUCUGCUGCUGUGUUCAUGUUAACUUCCACCCCAAAAACAAUCCCACCUCAGGCUUUGGAAAUCUGCUAGAAUGUCAGAACAAUACAUUGUUUUCUCUGCUCAACAUGUAACUCCCUAUGCUGCUUUGUACUCAGACAUUUUAACCUUUGUCUCCUGAUGACAGUGUUGUGGGAUUUGUUUGUACAAUUCACCAACUAAUAAAAAAUCUGCAAGGCA